AUGAUGGGAAACCAACGGACUCGGAAACGAACGAGGAUGGAAGAGGAGACGGACGUAGUGGUCAUUGGAGCAGGCGCCAGCGGUCUUGCUGCCCUCAAGCAGCUCACCACGACGACGGAGCUCAAGGUGGUGUGCUUUGAAGCCAGGAGCGGGCCCGCUGGAGUCUGGAACCCGGAGAGCACGAAGGGCGACGGCCGGGUCGGCUUCGACUGGGCGGGCGUGCCGUCCGUUGAGCCGCCGCCAAUAGACGCCUCGCCGGUCUACGCCGGCCUGCACACCAAUGUGCCCAAGCAGCUCAUGGCCUUCCACGGCCAGCCCUUCGUCACCGAGCACCCGGCGAGCAGUUUCCCGCCCGGCCACGAGGUCUCCACCUACCUGCUCGAAGCUGCCCGCGGGCUAGAGCCCCUCAUCCGCUUCAAUUCCCUCGUCCAAAGGGUCGCUCAUCACCACCCACCCCCGAACUGCAACCGCCGCUGGAUCGUCGAGGUCCAUCCUCGAUCCAAGCCCACCCCCGCCCCAAAUCGUCCUCGAGAAACCACCAUCGUCUACUGCGACUUCGUUCUCGUCGCAUCUGGACAUUACAACGUGCCUUAUGUGCCCUUCAUACCGUCGCUGUCGACUUGGCCCAAAGAAAUCAUCCAUGCCUGUGCGUACACUAGCCCCUCGGACGCUGUUUUCCAACACAAAACGGUAGCAGUGAUCGGCAUCGGGCCAUCAGGCUACGACAUUCUGCGGGAGCUAGCCAUGCGCCGAGAGCAGGAGCAAGGCCGGGGCGAGACGGGUGGGAAGAAGCUGUACUCGGUGGCCUCGCACCCGGCGAAGAUGGGCUGGGACUUCGGCGACCCGGCGGCGCCGUCAUGGACGAGGCAGAUCACCCGCGUGCCGCGGGUCGCGCGGAUCGAAGGCGGGAAGCUCUGGCUGGUCGACGGCCGGCCGCUCGAGGACGUGGACCUGCUCUGCUUCGCCACCGGCUAUCUCUACGACUUCCCCUUCUGUCGCCCCCACGACCCGCCCUGGGCCGCCCAUCCACUCACCCUUCCCCCGCCACUGCCCCCCACCCUUCUUCCCCCCGACCCCGCUCCCUCCGGACCCCCAACGCUUUCGAAGCCCGGCCUCCGCGUCCACCAUCUCGACCGCACCCAGCUGUUCUUCUACCCCGACCCCUCGCUCGCCUUCCUCGUCCUCGUCCACCAAGCCGUCCCCUUCCCUGUCGCCGAGCAUCAGGCCCGAGCGGUCGCCGCGCGAUGGUCCGGGCGCAGGCCGUUUGCGCUCCAUCCGAUGGACGACGAGCACACGGAGUCGAAGGAAGUCCAUGCGAUGCCGCCCCCGAAGGAGUUCGAAUACGAGAACCUCCUCUUGGACUGCAUCGGCGAGGGCGCAGCGUGCCAUGACGACCAGGCCUGCUGGAAGUAUGUCCCCGCGUGGAAGUACAAAGCCAGAGAAGACACCGCCGCCAAUCGCAGGCUCGAGUUGGGUUAUUGA